AUGGCACUGCGGCUCCCCACCUUGCCAUGUCUCACCAUCACCUCCUGCUGGCAGUUCGAGGCCCUGUACCCAGAGGGGAUGUGUCCCGGCUGGAGCGUCGUGGUCAAGGGCGAAACCAGCUCCAGCACAAGCAUGUUUGAAAUUAAUUUCCUCAGUCAUCCCGGAGACCAAAUUGCUUUCCACUUUAACCCCCGCUUUGCCAGCUCCAGAAUCGUCUGCAACUCCUUCCUGGCCAACCACUGGGGGAGGGAGGAGGUUAAUAGCACCUUCCCCUUCGAAGCAAAGGAGCCCUUCCAGGUGGAAAUCUACUCUGACCAUGACUAUUUCCACAUUUUCAUUGAUGAACACAAAAUCUUGCAGUACAAGCAUCGGCAAAAACAGCUCUCAUCCAUCAACAAGCUGCAGAUUCUCAAUGAUAUCACCAUUUCUUCAGUGGAAAUCACCAAACGAGGCCUUUACUAGAGGAAGGAGGUGGGACAGCCCCACAGCCCACUCCCCCUGAAGCUCCUGAUCCAGCCAGGGGCCAUCUUCUCCCCAUCCCUAC